AUGGAUGAAAUCCAUGAUCCGCAAUCUGCAUCUUCAUUGGAUGACUGCUGCCAUUUCCGUGACAUUGAGGCCCCCAGCCACUGGUUGGUGGGUGACCUCCCUGCUGCUCCCUCUGACUCUGUACUUGAGGCCGCGAACGCUGCGCUGACAGCAGGAGCUGAUUCUCUUUCCUCUCUCUCGCAGCGCACGGCUGCGCCAGCGACAGCUCAGCAGCUCGCAUUCGCGUCGUCCACCACAUUCGGUGCCACGAAAUCCACCCGCGCCAAUGCCACGUCAGCAAACCGCGUGCAGCACCAGUCCAGGACGAACAAGCCUGGAAACAUCCGGUGCAAGGACUACCCGAAGCCGGACUUCGAUUCCGAGCCGCAGAGGGAGGCUCAGCAACUCUCAGCCUCGUUUAAGAACCUUCCGCGGCCCGAGAAGCCGUUGAAGGUCGCUAUCAUUGGCGCCGGAUUGGCCGGGCUGAGCGCGGCGAAGUAUCUGGUGGAUGCGGGCCACAUCCCCACUGUCUACGAGGCGCGCGACGUACUUGGCGGAAAGGUCGCCGCGUGGCAGGAUGAGGAGGGCGACUGGUACGAGACUGGUCUCCACAUUUUCUUCGGAGCCUACCCGAACAUGAUGGAGCUGUUCAAGGAGCUGGACAUUGAGGACCGGCUGCAGUGGAAGGAGCACUCGAUGAUCUUCGCCAUGCCCGACAAGCCCGGAGAGUUCUCCCGCUUCGACUUCCCCGACAUCCCCGCGCCCGCCAACGGCGUCGUCGCCAUCCUCCGCAACAACGAUAUGCUGACGUGGCCGGAGAAGAUUCUGUUCGGGAUCGGGCUUCUGCCCGCCAUGAUCCAGGGGCAAUCGUACGUGGAGAAGCAGGACGGGCUGUCGAUCUCGGACUGGAUGCGCAAGCAGGGCGUGCCGGAGCGCGUGAACGAGGAGGUGUUCAUCGCCAUGGCCAAGGCGCUCAACUUCAUCGACCCCUGGGAAAUCUCCUCCACCGUCAUCCUCACCGCCAUGAACCGCUUCCUGCAGGAAAGGCACGGGUCGAAGAUGGCGUUCCUGGACGGCCCGCCCACCACGCGCCUGUGCGAGCCCAUGGUGGAGCACAUUACCAAGGGCGGCGGACAGGUGCUGCUGGAGAAGCGGCUGCAGAGCAUUGAGCUGAACGAGGACAAUUCAGUCAAGUGCCUCAAGUUCCAGGGCGGGGAGACCGUCACCGCCGACCUCUACGUCUCCGCCAUGCCCGUUGACCCGCUCAAGCUGCUCCUUCCGCCCGCCUGGAAAGCCGACCCGUUCUUCCAAAAGCUCGACGGGCUGGAGGGCGUGCCAGUCAUCAACGUCCACCUCUGGUUCGACCGGAAGCUCACGACCGUCGAUCACCUGCUCUUCUCGCGAUCCAAGCUGCUGUCGGUCUACGCGGAUAUGUCGGUGACCUGCAAGGGGUAUGCGGAUGAGAACGCGAGCAUGCUUGAGCUGGUGUUUGCGCCGGCGAAGGAGUGGAUUGGGAGGAGUGAUGAGGACAUAGUGCAGGCGACGAUGGUGGAGUUGGAGAGGCUGUUCCCCACGGAGAUCCGUGCGGAUGGGAGCAAGGCGAAGCUGAAGAAGAGCAUUGUGGUGAAGACGCCCCGGUCGGUGUACAAGGCGGUUACUGGCCGCCAGGCGUACCGCCCCGGGCAGACCACUCCGAUCUCGAACUUCUACCUCGCUGGCUGCUUCACCAUGCAGAGGUACCUGGCAUCAAUGGAGGGGGCGGUGCUGUCGGGGAAGCAGUGUGCGGAGCAGAUCGCCACGCGGGGGGCGGGGCGUAAGCCGGUUACAGGCAUUUCGGUGCAGGACUUCCUGCAGAGGCAACCAGAGAUGGCCACUCCAUUUCCUUUCCCCUUCUUCUUUCCUUCCUCCUCUGGUGCCCCCAGAAUCCCCUCCGCCACCAUUAGACUCGUUGCUGCAAGUGAACCUGCCCCCUCGUUGCCUGCUCCGGUCGUUGCCAUCCCAGGGUUGCAAGUGUGCCUUGUUACAGGCUCCUUCGGCCCCUGCACUUGCACUCCUGGUGAUCCAAGCAGGCAGGCAGACCCAGAUGCACCUGGGUCCCAGGUGGUCCCACCAACGCCACCACGUCCACCAGCCCAAAGCUCCAGCGUCUCUUCACCAGACCUGUUCCCUUCUGCCGCCACUGCUGCUGCUGCUGCCAUUCGUGCACCAGGCGUCAGCCCCUCUCCCCAUUCUCCCAACUCCUCUGCCACACCAAUUCCCCCUGCCUCCCCUGCUUCUGCUUCAAGCCCAUCGGACCAAUCAGACGAGCUGGAUGCCGCCCUGGUUGCUGCCCCACCCCCACAGCCAAUGAGCGGCCAACAGCUGGCCAUCACAGGCGCGGCGGUGGGCGGCGUGCUAGCAAUAGGGCUCAUACUGCUGCUGCUCUUCGCUGCAGUGGGCUGCUGUGGAGACGUGUGGGGGGGCUUGUGUGGGGGGGUGUGUGGGGUGAGAAAGAGAGGGGACGAGGAGAGUGUGUGGGUGGGUGAGUGGGGAAAGGGAAGCAGCUAUGAGAAAGUUGAGAGGCGCAAUCUGGGGGGUAAUGUUGGAGCGCGUGGGAAAGGGCAGCAGGACAGGGAGGCGAGGAGGAAGACGAGGCGGGGUGGGAGAGAGGGGCAGAGCAAAAUGGAGAGGGAGAGGCAGGGCCCGGAUAGGCCUUGGCACGUCAAGAAACAAGAGCAGCAAGAGCGUUCUGAAGAGAAGGUGCAGCAGCAGGCCGGAGGGAGGGCGCAGCAGCCUGAGGAUAGGGCGCACUUGGGUACAAGUCGGCAACAGAGCAUCCCGGCCCACGAGCAGAUGCACCAGGAGCAGCAGCAGCACAUGCCGUCCCUUCAGCAAAACCUGCCACCCCUUCAGCAGCCCAUGUCAACCUUUCAGCAACAGCAACAGCUACAGCAACAGCAGCGCCAUAACCAGAGCAGGGAGGAGAUGAGGAGGCAGUUGGUGGCAGAGCAGCACAGAGCAGUGGAGGAGCAGCGUGAGGACGUUGUUGCUAGCAGCGUGGGCACAGUGAUGCGCUCGGCUGAACAGAUGAGCUCAGGUCUGGGCAGCGGCAUGAGAAUGAAUGAGGGGAGGCAGUUGGUGGCAGAGCAGCACAGAGCAGUGGAGGAGCAGUGUGAGGAGGCGCUUGCAAGCAGCGUCGGCACAGGGAUGGGCUCGGCUGAACUGAUGAAAAUCUUAAGUGGCCAGGUCAAGCCAAAUGGUGCAUUAGAGCUAAAAGGGUUGGCCGAGCCAAGGGGUACGGCCGAGCCAAGGGGUACGGCCGAGCCAAGGGGCCAGGACGGGUCAUCACUUGCUGAUACUGAGAAGAUAAGGAAGAAGCAGCGAGGCAUGCACUCUGAGGCGGUGGACGGGAGUGGGUUAGGUGCACAGUCAGCAGCAGUUGCAGCCACUGCCAUCACUACUGCCGUGCUGCCAUCGGGGGAGACUGUGGAUGUGGAGCGAGUGGUGAUCGGGCAGGUAAGCUGGGGAUGGGAGGGACGGGCUCUCCCCCUGUCCCAGCUCUCCCCCUGUCCCAGCUCUCCCCCUGUCCCAGCUCUCCCCCUGUCCCAGCUCUCCCCCUGUCCCAGCUCUCCCCCUGUCCCAGCUCUCCCCUGCCCUAAUCCCACAGCACAUGCGUCUGCCCUCCGACUCUUGCGACGUCUCAAAACUCUCCUUCCUCCUUUCCUCCCUCUCCAUAUUUCCCCCCUUUCCCAGCUCUCCCCUGCCCACAUCUCACAGCACAUGGGUCUGCUCUCCCACCUCUCCCACCCACACAUCGUCGACACUCUUGGCUACAAGCUGCUGGCCGGCAACAUCUGUCUGGUAGCCACAGCCCACAUGUCGCAGGGGACUCUGCUCCAGUGGCUCAAAGCCUCCUCCCUUCCUCUGCUGGACUGGCCUGCAAGGGUACAGGUGGCACGGUUGGUAGCCCGAGCUCUCACAUUCGCCCACUCGUGCGAUCCCCCGCUGCCACAUGGCGCGCUCUCCUCACGCCACGUGGCGUUUGGGGCGGACCUCAAGCCGCGUGUCGGGGGCUUUGCUGCUGCCAGGCUGAGAAGGCUGGGGCACCGCAGGGCAUUGCAUGGAAAUUCAUCUGAUGACAUGGCAGCUGACGUGGCAGCUGACGUGGCGGAGCACAUAGCAUCGGACAUCCACAGCUUUGGUCUCAUUCUCCUUCAUCUGCUCACUGGCCGCGACCCCUUCCUCUCAUCACCAUCAUCAUCACCACCUUCCGCCUCGUCCUCUUCCCCCACCUUCGCUGCCCUUUCGUCCGAUGCACAGUGGCUGCUGGCUGAGGUGAAUGUGCUCAAACGUGAUGCUAAAAUAUACAACCGCGGGCCCACAGUCCGCAAGGAUGAAGCGGCAUUUGAGGUUGGCUCCAGUUGGCGCGUGCUGGUGCUGCGGCUGGGCGAGCGAUGCAUGGAGUUUGAUGGGCGCAUGGACCCCAUCGAACAGAUGGACCUGUGUCUGACGGUGGUGAGCCGCAACUUUGACGCCCUCAAGGGCGAGCUGCUGCCGGUGUCGCUACUAAAUGUGGACUAUGAGGAGUUUGGGGCGUCUGUGGUGGAGCAUGUGAUGGCAGGCUUGCAGGCGGCCUUUGAAACUGGAGAGUGCAACAAGAUGCGCAUUCUUCUGCGCCUUCUCGCGCUGCUGGUAUGCCCCCCCCAACCCCCCCACCUCCCCUCGCCGAUGCUGCUGCACCUACUUCGUGCUGCCUUGCUUGCACCACCGGUAGCAGUUCGUGCUGCCUUGCUUGCACCACUGGUAGCAGUUCGUGCUGCCUUGCUUGCACCACUGGUAGCAGUUCGUGCUGCCUUGCUUGCACCACCGGUAGCAGUUCGUGCUGCCUUGCUUGCACCACUGGUAGCAGUUCGUGCUGCCUUGCUUGCACCACUGGUAGCAGUUCGUGCUGCCUUGCUUGCACCACUGGUAGCAGUUCGUGCUGCCUUGCUUGCACCACUGGUAGCAGUUCGUGCUGCCUUGCUUGCACCACUGGUAGCAGUUCGUGCUGCCUUGCUUGCUACCAAAGCAGUAGUGCCAGAGUCUGAGGUGUUGCAAGUUUUGUCUCUUCUGGUCGACACCGCCACCUCGCACCUCGACCCGACAGCUGGCGGGAAUCCCAACUGGCAGCCUCGGGCGGACUUCUUUGUCUUUUGUGUGCUUGCCUGCCUUCCCUUUGCCGCUCAAGACUGGCAGGAGUCGCAUCCGGACGAGCUAGCCAGUCUGCUGGCGGCAGUGCAGGGCUACAUGGAAGCCCGCUCGCCGCUCGUCUUCCCCGCACUCGCGGUCUUCGAGCCUCAGCCCACCGACACCACACCGCCACAGGACUAUCUGGAGGAGCUGUGGGAUCGCAUCAAGGCAUGCAAGGAAGAUUCCUGGAAGGCGGAAAGUGUACCUCUCGCCCCCACUGCCCCACCCGCACUUGGCAGUGAAGGAAAGGCUCUCAUCCAUGCGCCACCCCCUCACCCACUGCACUGCACCCCUCCUCCAUUUUCCCCUACCCCUUUUCCCAACCCCCUCCUCUCCUUUUCCCGCUCUUCCAGUCUCUCGCCCCCACUGCCUCGCCCCCACGUGGCAGUGAAGGAAAGGCUCUCCUCUUCCAUGCGCCACCCCAUCGGCCUCUUCACUCCGCCGCUUGCCCCCCCUGCUGCCGCCCAACUCGACACUGAUGCUGACAUGGACGAGGGCGACGACGAGCACAAGCAGACAAGAGCCGCCGCCCGGCAGCGGUUUGAGGCGCUGCAACAGUUUCCGCCCCGGAUUGGGCGUCUGAAGCUGUUUCCGCCAGCCAAGACCGACGCUACCAUGUCACCCAUCGACCGCUUUGUGGUGCAGGAGUAUCUGCUGGACGUGCUCUUCUACAUGAACGGCAGUCGCAAGGAGUGUGCGAGCUACCUGGUGGGCCUGCCUGUGCCGUUCCGCUAUGAAUACGUCAUGGCGGAAACCGUCUUCUCCCAGCUCGCUGUCUCUCCACCUAUUGCCACCUCUUUUCACCUCUCUCUACCGAUCUCCUCCUACUUUUCUUUCCCUUCUUCCCUUGUUCAGUUGCUGCUGCUUCCCCGGUCGCCCUUCCGCCCCAUUUACUACACAAUCGUCCUCGUUGAUCUCUGCAAGGCCCUCCCCGGCGCCUUCCCAGCAGUGCUGGCAGGGGCAGUGAGGGCGUUGUUCUCCCGGGCGGCAAUCAUGGACGUGGAGUGCAGGACACGUGUCAUCCAGUGGUUGGCCCACCACCUGUCCAACUUUGCGUUUGUGUGGCCGUGGGCGGCGUGGGCAGCAGUGGCACGGCAGCCGGAGUGGGCCCCACAGAGAGUGUUUGUAUCAGAGGUGCUGGAGAGGGAGAUCCGCCUCUCCUACUAUGACAAGAUCAGAGAGAGGGUGUUUGUGUCGGAGGUGCUGGAGAGGGGGAGAUCCGCAUCCCCUACUAUGACAAGAUCAGAGAGCCGGAGUGGUCGCCUCCUCUCCACAGAGGGUGUUUGUGUCGGAGGUGCUGGAGAGGGGGAGAUCCGCAUCCCCUACUAUGACAAGAUCAGAGAGGUACCAACCCGGAGUGGUCGCCUCCUCUCCACAGAGGGUGUUUGUGUCGGAGGUGCUGGAGAGGGGGAGAUCCGCAUCCCCUACUAUGACAAGAUCAGAGAGGUACCAACCCGGAGUGGUCGCCUCCUCUCCACAGAGGGUGUUUGUGUCGGAGGUGCUGGAGAGGGGGAGAUCCGCAUCCCCUACUAUGACAAGAUCAGAGAGAGGGUGUUUGUGUCGGAGGUGCUGGAGAGGGAGAUUCCCCUGUCCUACUAUGACAAGAUCAGAGAGGUGCGUGUGCAGUUGGGCGCCAAGAGGGUGUUUGUGUCGGAGGCGCCUCAAAAGCACGGCAGCCGGAGUGGUCGCCUCCUCUCCACUGAGAGGGUGUUUGUGUCGGAGGUGCUGGACUGGAGAGGGCUUUUGAGUCGACUCGAGCGCAACCCGACAACCGCUCUCGCCCCUUCCCUCCCUCCUCGUCCCUCGUUCCCUCCCUCCUGUCCUGCCAUGCCUCUCUUUUCCACAGUCCCUCGGAAGCACCGAGUGGAGCAGCUGCUGCCCCCCAAGCCGGAGCCAGUCUUCAAGUUCAAGCGCAACCGAGCAACAACUACUGUCUUUUCCCUCUUGCCGCCGCCUCCUUCUCCCCUCGUGAUAUCCCUUGGUUCCGCGGAGAUGGAGCAGCUUCUCCCUCCCAAGCCCGAGCCCGUGUUCAAGUUCAAGCGCAACCGCGCCGCGGGGCCGGGGAGACUGCUGGCGCCUGCAGAGGGGGAGGGGGAAGGGGAGGGAGAGGGGGAGGGGCGCGGGAGGAAGGAAGGCGGGGGGGAAGGGGAGAAGAAAGAGGGGGAGAAGUCGGGAGAGGGAGAGGGGGACCGCGACAUGAAGGAGGGGGGCGAGGGGGAGGGCGGGGAAGGGGGGAAAGACGGGGGGAAAGACGGCGGAAAAGGCGCAGUGCAGCAGUAUGGGGAGGGGGUGGAUGCAGCAGCGGUGGAGGUAGCUGAGGAGCUGAUAGUGAUGGUGCGGACGAAGCGGGCAGGCAGGGAGGUGGCGGCGUGGGUGGAGGAGCAGGCGGUGGGCAAGGUGGGCGGGGACAAGGGCCGCGCGCUGGAUGUGGUGGCCCAGACGCUGCUGGUGCUGGGCUCCAAGAGUAUUACCCAUGCGGUUACCGUGCUGGAGAGAUACGGGCUGGCGCUGCAGCUGCUGGCGCCUGAUCAGCCCUCCCAGGUGCAGCUGCUGCACAGCAUAUGGGCCGUGUGGGCCAACGCCCCUCAGAUGGCGGCGGUGGUGGUUGAUCGCUGCCUCGGCUUCCGCCUCGUCUCGCCUCUCGCUCUCCUCGACUGGUGCUUCGUGCCCGCUCAUUACGAGCUCUACCACACCUCCGAACGCAUCUGGGAGAUUCUCCACACCGCCAUGUCAAAGGCCGCCAACCGCCUGCGCCACGUCAGCGCUGAGGUGGCGGUUCUCGAGAGGGCGUCGGCUGUGGCAGCAGCGGCUGCCAGCAAGGCGCGCAGCGAAUGGGAGGCUUCCACGUUGGCAGAGGAGGAGGCGGAGGGAGAGAAGGCGAAAACACAGGCUGCAGCCAAAGCUGAAUGGGCCAAGCAUCGGAGCAGCAAGGCACAGGAGGAGGCGGAGGCAGCAGCAGCAGCGGUGGAGGGCAAAGAGAGGAUGAGGCGAGAGGCCGAGGAGGAGGAGCAGGCCCUGUUCAUUGCUCUUUUGCUUCACUUCGCUACGGCCGUCAACAAUCGGCGGGCUGCUGUGGCUGAGGCAGCAGCGCGGGAGGAAGAGGAAGAGGAGGCGAGGAGGGUGGAGGAGGAGAGGAUGGAGGAGGAUGAGGGGGACGACACGGGAAUGGAUGGAGAGGAGGGCGGGGAUGGUGGCAGUGACAGGAGGCUGGCAGGGCGGAGGAAGAGGGAGGAGGAGAGGAGGAAGGAGGAGGAGGAGCGGGGGCACAAGAGGCGGCUCAAGGCGGCGGGGGAGAGGGAGUGGAUGCGCUGUGUGCUGGGCCACAUGCGCUCGCUGUGCCGCUACCACAGCCCGCAGGUGUGGCGCAUGCUGCCAGCCAUCGAGGCGCAAGUCUUCUCACAGGUCCAAGACCCAGUCAUCCGCGACACUCUCAUGUCCGCCCUGCUCUGCCCCUAG